AUGUGACGCAGACUAAAUACAAUGGCGGCGUGCGUCUUGGAAACCACUUUUGGAUGCUGUAGCACAACUUGAACCUCUGAGAUGAUGAUACAUAUAAAUUACUUCACCAUGAAACUUGUAUACGUGUAUUUUUAAUAGAAACAUUUAACAGAGGGAGCUUUUACGAUGGCGAUGGAACUGGACGAGGCACUUGUUUUCCUGGGUGAUUUCGGUCGCUACCAAACCUUAAUCUACUUGCUGAUAUGCCUCGCAGGUCAGGUUCCGUCAGCCUGGCACAUGCUGGGAAUAUCCUUUCUGGGGGCAGUGCCGGGUCAUCACUGCAAGGUACCGGCGGGUGAACAGCUCGAGGAGACGGUACCAAAGGUUACCGGGGACAACGGUGAGGAGUACUCGAAAUGUUUCAAGUACGUGAACAUUACGGUGGAUAAUGAGACGAUGCCUUGCGACGAAGGAUGGAAUUACGAUCAAACGUAUUACGGGAACACUGUUGCUACCGAGUGGGAUCUAGUUUGCGAGAAGGAUGCCUCUGUGGACCUGAGUCAGACCAUCUUCAUGUUGGGUGUGAUGGUGGGAUCGUUGCUCUUUGGCCAGCUCUCUGAUCGCUUCGGCCGUCGGUACGUCUUUUUCCUCUCCCUGUGGGCACAGGUGGCGUUCGGCGUUGGUGCGGCGUUUACUGGCAACCUUUACGCCUUCAUAGCGGUGAGGUUUUUUGUGGGCGUUAUCGAACAGGGCGUGGACAUCACAUCCUACGUCAUGGUGACCGAAAUGUUCUCGCCUUCCAGACGAGCCUUCGCUGGUAUUCUGCUAACGCUCUUCUGGGCCAGCGGUAUCAUGUCUCUUUCAGGCAUAGCAUACUUACUGCGUGACUGGCGCCACCUACAGCUCGCCAUCACGCUACCCAGCUUGCUUACCAUACCGCUGUGGUGGAUUAUUCCGGAGUCUGCUCGAUGGUUGAUUUCGCGGGGUCGUGUGCACGAGGCGGAGACCAUACUACAGAAGAUCGCGCGGUUCAACAAGGUGGAUCUACCCGAUGGUGUGCUCACCGAAGACAGCAGACCGCAUCGUUUCUCGCUGUCCGGGUUCGAAGGUCGAAAUUUUUACUUUUGCCACGGUUCGAUAGUCCUGAAAUUGUGCCGGCCAUGGUGUAUGCUUCUUUGGGGGAUCCAACGAAACACACGCGUACAGAAAUCGGUGGCUUUUUGGAAUCUGAGGAUAUCAAUGUCAUUAAAUCGUUUAACAGCUGCCUCCACAAAUGCCAAAUCACUUAAAAUUUGUGAUAAUGCAAUAUUAUACACUUUUAUUUGCGAUGUCCUGAUCUUGAUGUUCUGGCUGUUCACAAAAUGCCAGUCUGUCAUUUCCCUUUCGAAAUCCACGUGCAAAACACAAGUCCUGUUGAGAGAGAAAAUCUCAGUCCAUAUUACACGUACAUGGCAGGUGUCUCCUUUUCGCCAUAUUUUAGACAAAGGUCCUCCGAGCUCCAACGACCCAUCACCAUCGUCCCACGUUCAAGCCCCUACCCUGGAUUCCAAGAGCCCGGCUGGUCUCCAAACCGCAUAUGUCAGUGACACUGAAGUGGAGAUGCGGGACGAGGGGGCCACAGCCACACUGCCCACUCAGCCUGUGGGCGACUACGGUGUUAGUGAGAAGAAAGGCCGGGUCUACACCAUUUGGCACCUGUUCAGAACACCGCAGAUUAGGCGGAUAUCACUGGUGAUGAUUUUCACGUGGUUUGUCAACAGUCUGGUGUACUACGGUCUUUCUUUGAACACCGACAGUUUAGCCGGCAACCCUUAUCUAAACUUCUUCCUUAGCGGUGCGGUAGAGAUCCCUGCUUACAUAGUCUCCACUGCAGUCGUUACUUGGUUUGGCCGUCGGAUACCACUCUGCGUGUUUCAUGUGGCUGGAGGAAUCGCGUGCAUUGUGACCGCCUUCAUUCCUCAGACAACAGAGAGCGGGGUGGAUCUUUCAGCACUUAUUAUCUCCACCGCCAUGUUGGGGAAGUUCGGAAUUGCUGGCUCCUAUGCUAUCGUGUUUCUUUAUGCCACUGAACUUUUCCCAACUGUCACAAGGAAUCUGGGAGUUGGCAUGUCGUCCUUCUCAUCACGUGUUGGAGGCAUCCUCGCUCCGAUUAUCAUGUAUCUCGAGAAAUUUGCUGCUUGGGCGCCCAUGGUCAUAUUUGGAGGGUUGUCUGUUAUCGCUGGGCUGUGUGUGUUGGUUCUUCACGAGACGCUGGGAAAGAAACAGCCACAGACUAUCGACGAAGUCGAGGGGACACAGUGAACAUGCUCGGAUUGAGACGUGAUAAGGCGAGAUGUAACCUGACAAAAUCAAGGCAAGACCAUGGAGGAAGGCAAAACGAUACGACCGGAGAUUUUGUCACUCAGAGGAAUCGAUUCAUCGUCGUGCAUUUAUCCUUCUAGUAACAUUUUAGUAACAAAGUAUUUAAAACCUUGUGCCUGCUCAAGGCUUUCUUUUGUGCACUAAAAUUUAUAUUUGCACGUGCACUUUAGUGCAUAUUUAAACAUUUUCAGUCAAGGCCUUGGUUUGGGGUCCACAAACGGAAGGUGAUUAGGAAAUCAGCAAAGUCGAUAGUUAAGCGUGUAAUCUGCUAAAAACAGAAACGCAAGUCGUGUCCUAUCUGUUACUUUGAUGGCACCAGUCUCACUUUCGCUCGGUACAGAAAUACACAGAAGUUAGUGAUGAUCCUAAGGCACUUCUGCCCGGAAACAAAGUGUUACAUGUACAUGGGGAGCUUUUGCAUAUCCGGCAAUUUGCGCCCCUUGUUAAAACUUCAUGGCGUAGAGCAAUUAUGAUGACUGGCAAACAAUAAAAUGUACAAGCCCCGUUACGGGAUAGGAAGUGCCACGGCUUUCAUAAAUAGGCCUACACGGGUUCGUUUGCAAUCUUUAAUCUUGGACCACCGUCGCUUCAAAGGGAAGAAGUGCAAUGCUUUGGUGGGGGAUGGGGCAAUGCUGUCAUUUUAAGGGUAUGAAAUUGAGAUCAAACAGCACUAUUACCUUCCACUAACGAAUGAAAAUUAACUUCCAACUGUGGACCCAGAAACCAAGAUAUUUGCUACUGCAUGAAGAAGUCUGCUGAUGGAGAUGUAAGUUGUACGUUUCAGUACACUCUCUGUCUUGUUAUGCUUGUAUCUAUUUUUUUUAAAUCUGUAUCAAAUGCUGUUUUAAACCAAAUACUUUAUUUCGAACAGCAAACUCGUUGGAUUUGAGAUUAC